UUCCGGAAAUUCUGUCAGUGAAAGUGAAGUGAGGGAAGCCGAUCAAAACAUUGAUAAAAACGCGCUUUUCUCCGCAAUUUAGCAUGAAAAUAGACCUGAAAAUUGUAUGAGAGUGAAGAAUAAUUAAUCCACAAUGACAUCCAUUAUAAAACUGCACACAAUAUCGGGGGCGAUGGACGAAUCUCCCCCAUGUUAUCUGCUGCAAGUGGAUGAGGUUAGGAUACUGCUUGAUUGUGGCUGGGAUGAGAAAUUUGACCAGAAAUUCAUAAAGGAGAUCAAGAGAUAUGUCCACACAAUCGACGCAGUUCUGCUGUCCUAUCCGGAUCCGCAUCAUCUGGGUGCUCUGCCCUACCUUGUGGGCAAGCUGGGACUCAAUUGUCCCAUCUACGCCACUAUUCCAGUCUACAAGAUGGGUCAGAUGUUCAUGUACGACCUCUACAUGUCCCAUUACAACAUGUACGACUUCGAUCUGUUCUCCCUGGACGACGUGGAUACGACUUUUGAUCGCAUCAUCCAGCUGAAGUACACACAGAGUGUGGCCAUGAAGGGGAAAGGGUAUGGCAUCACCAUAACACCUCUCCCGGCGGGUCACAUGAUCGGGGGCACAAUUUGGAAGAUUGUGAAGGUGGGCGAGGAAGAUAUUGUCUAUGCGUGUGACUUCAAUCACAAGAAAGAGAAGCAUCUCAACGGAUGCGAGAUGGAGAAGCUCCAGCGUCCGUCGCUGUUCAUCACGGAUGCCUACAAUGCGCGCUACCAGCAGGCCAGACCAAGAGCCAGAGAUGAGAAACUCAUGACCAACAUUCUGCAGACUCUGAGGAAUAAUGGAAACGUGCUUCUCACCGUCGACACGGCUGGAAGAGUGCUGGAAUUGGCCUACAUGUUGGAUCACUUGUGGAAAAAUAAGGAAUCUGGCCUUCUGGCUUACUCUCUGGCACUUCUCAACAACGUGAGUUACAACGUGGUGGAAUUUGCAAAGUCCCAGAUUGAGUGGAUGAGUGACAAAUUGAUGAAGAACUUCGAGGGCGCUCGGAAUAAUCCCUUCCAAUUCAGACACCUGAAGCUGUGUCACAAUCUCACAGAGUUGGCGAGUGUGCCCAGCCCAAAAGUGGUCUUGGCCAGUUCCCCGGACAUGGAGAGCGGAUAUUCGAGGGAGCUCUUUGUACAGUGGGCUGCCAAUGCCAACAACAGCAUAAUCAUCACGAGCAGAACGUCUCCGGGUACUCUGGCGCGUGAUCUGAUUGACAAUGGCGGGAAUGGGAGGAAGAUUGAGUUGGAUGUGUCGCGCCGAGUGGAGCUCGAGGGCACGGAACUGGAGGAGUUCCUCAGGACUCAGGGCGAGAAGACAAAGACGAAGCUAAUACCGAAUCGCGAAUUGGAUGAACUGAGCUCAGACUCGGAGGAUGAUCUUGAGAUUGCCAUAAUCACGGGGAAGCAUGAUAUCGUGAUUCGUCCUGAAGGACGCUCGACGACGGGUUUCUUCAAGUCCAACAAGCGAAUGCAUGUGAUGUUCCCAUUCCACGAGGACAAGAUCAAGUGUGACGACUACGGUGAGAUCAUUCAACUGGACGAUUACAAGAUCAUCGACUCGGGAGCUGAGCCUGGUGAGGACAACAAGGAGAAUAUGCUGCACAAGUUGGAUGAUGUGAAGAAGGAGGAGAAGGACAUUGAGGAGGUGAUGGAGAUUGAGAAGCCCACGAAGUGCAUCAGCAGUCGCAAGUUGAUUGAGAUCAAUGCCCAAAUUCAGUUCAUUGACUUUGAGGGCCGAUCUGACGGGGAGUCUCUGCUGAAGAUUCUCUCUCAACUGCGUCCCAGGCGAGUCAUCAUCGUGCGUGGUUCGCAGUCGAGCACAGAAAUGAUCUCGAACUACUGUGAGCAGAACAUCAGUGCCAGAGUCUUCACGCCAAAUCGCGGCGAUGUCAUCGAUGCCACGACAGAGAGUCACAUCUACCAGAUCAAGCUGACCGAAGCUCUGGUCUCUCAGCUGUGCUUUCAGAAGGGAAAAGACGCCGAAGUCGCCUGGGUGGAUGCUCAGAUAAAGUGUCGCAACCAGCAAAUUGAUGCCCUCACCGAGUCAAAUGACAUGGAGAUGGAUGUGGAAUUCCCCAACGAGGAGUCCAAAGUCCUCGCUCUGGAGCCAAUGCGUCCUGAAGAUAUUCCCUCUCACGAGUCCGUCUUCAUCAACGAACUGAAGUUGUCCGACUUCAAACAAGUCCUCAUGAAGAAUAACAUCCCAUCUGAGUUCUCCGGCGGCGUUUUGUGGUGCUGCAAUGGCACUCUUGCUCUCAAAAGAUUGGAUACUGGAAAGAUGUCCAUCGAAGGCGCGCUGUCGGAAGAAUACUUCAAGAUCCGUCAACUUCUGUAUGAACAGUACGCUAUACUAUGAAUCAUGAUAGGAACUUAUUUCAUGGCUGAACGAAGAAUUAUUUAACUGAUAACGUAAAAAAAAAUGUGAGAUUUUUGGUCUAAAUUUGUCGUGGAUUCACUAACUCG